GAUAUUAACACUAACUCUUGGUUUCUGUAUCGUGGUCAUUGACAAUGCAAUUCUAUAGUUAUUCAGAAGACAAGGAUGGUUUUGCUGAGACAGUUUGUCUAUGCAAUUUUGUCUUGCAGUAUGAGGAUUUGAGAUGAUACGCCUGAAUUACUUCAUAUGAACUGUGCCAUUAAAUAGAUUGUGCGCGUUUGACAUUUACCCCUAUAUUUUAGGUGUUGAUACUGCUGAUAAAGAUCGAAACGAAAUGGACGCAGUUGCCUUUUACUUUUGCCACAUGAGAAGAACCAGGAGACUACCUGAAAAACAAUAGCUCCUUGUUUCAGUCGGGUGCUAUCAGAGUCAGGUGCAGAUUGCACAGCACAAGUGUGUGUGUAGGUGGGUCACAUUGACUUCUAAAAUUCAGUUUAUGAGUCUCUAUUAUUCCAAUCAUAAUGGGGUUAUUAAUGUUCGGAGUAAUAAUCUACCAAGUGAAUAAAAAAAAUUUAACUUCCCAAAGAUCUUCCUUGGCAAAAAGAAACUUCCAAAAGAUCUUGUGUUAUAAUAUACUGUAAUGGAGCAUUAAGACCCCAGUAGCACAAUAAAAUCCCAACAUAAGUGCUACUUUAAGAGCACUAGUAUAAAUAUAUGUUUAUGUAUGGAUACCCCCCAAAACAUCACAAGUUGAUUCACUGCAAAAACAGAUAAGCUAGCAUUAGUAUUGUUUCCCUGUCUCAUUCAUUAUACUUCCUCCACAAUCCAAAUUUCUUCUAUGGCGAUGAAGAGCAAAAAGCCUAACCAGGGUCGCCAAAAGAUUGUGAUUGCCAAAAUACCAAAGAGAAGUAACUUACAGGUCACAUUCUCGAAACGUUGUUCAGGACUCUUCAAAAAGGCUAGUGAGCUCUGCACACUCUGUGGAGUUGAGAUUGUGAUCAUAGUCUUUUCUCCGGCUAACAAGCCAUUCUCUUUUGGCCAUCCUAGUGUUGAGAGCCUCAUCAGCCGCUUUCUUACUCCAAGCCAUUUAUCAAUUUCAUGGAGUACUCAACAUCCUCAGUACUGCAGGGAGGUUAGUGUUGAACAUAAGCUCAAUAUGCAGCUAACACAGACUCAAGGUCACUUGGAGGCAGAAAAACAGCGAGGAGAAGCACUUGACAAGCUGAGUGAAGACAGCGAGAGAUCAAGCCAUUGUCAGUGGGAAAACUCCAUUGAGGAACUUGGAUUGGAUGAGCUUCAGACAUUGAAGGCUGCGUUGGAGGAGCUCAAGAAGAAUGUGACUGAAGAAGUCCACAAAAUGAAUGACCCUUGCAAUUCUUCAGUACCAUUCUUUAUGAUGAAUGGAAUUCGACUUGAUCAUCGUCUUUCCGAGAGAAAAGCCGUUGAGAUUAAUGUAUCACAUGGUUCCAUGAUCCCUCCUAGUGCCUAUAGCUUUGGUUAUGAACAUGGCUUUUUCUGAAACUUCCUUUCUUUUAGUUAAUUGCUCUUCUUUCUUUAGAAGGCAGUUACAAGCUAGCACCUUGCUAGCACUAAAUAAUUGGUGUUCUGUCUUUCAAUUAUGAUUGUAGAUGUGUAGCUAUGAGUUUAGUUUGCAAGCAUCUUUAUCUUUAUGGCAUUGGAUCAUAAUCCAUAUGCCUAUAAGAAGAAUUAUAUGAUAUUCUAAUCAUUAAAAAGCAGUUAAGUUGAGCAGUUACAUCUUAAUAAAUACUAA